AUGCCAGGCCCCAAUAGCCCCCACUCACCACCACCUACUCUGUCGUUCAACGCUAUCAGUAGUAAUAUGACAGCUGUUUGUACACCAAUCAACAUCUCGUGGGCAUAUACUGGCCCCCCGGCUAACAUCUCGCUGUCGGCGGCGCGCUUGAAGCUUUCUUACUCAGACAAGCAUAUCAUCCCAAAUGUUCAGACCAGCAUGAAUCUGUCUACUGUUAAUGCGUCGAGUUUUUCCUUUCUGUGGACUCCGACCCGUGCAUUGCCAGGCUCUUAUUUCAUACAAGGUUCCACCCCGACCUUGAACUCCUCUUCCAAUGUAUUCCACGUCGAUGCAUCUUGUCUCGCGAAACAUUCCGCUCCAGCAAAUAUAUCCUCACCCUCCAUUCACCAUCCAUCGAACACAAGUGCCAUCGUGGGGUAUAGCCUCGGUGGUGUAGCUGUCGUGAUGAUUGCGAUAGUUGCAAUCUUAUAUCUACUUCGUUUCCGCCGCCGUUCUUCUAGUCCGUUUGGGCUGGAUUCCUCCCGUUCUCGUGAUGCAUCUCCGUCCGAGUCUUCUGCAACUGAGCAGCCCUCUGCGCUACCGUUAUAUACUAGCAGGGAGGAGUAUCUUUCCAGACAUGCCAGCAUCGCCAAACUGAGCCCUUUUUGGAUCUCUAUGGCCCCUUCAUAUACUAGUCAGAAAGAGCCUCUUGCCCACUCUGCCAGCAUCUCUGGGUCAAAACCUUCUGAUGUCUCUCCCCCUACAUAUUCCUCCCCAUGA